CUCAACCAUCGAUCGCUCCCUUCGAUCGAUCCUAAGCGUAAGGUAGUCUCCGAUCUUUGAGUGGUCGGUGCACGUGCAGCGCGCUCUGACACACGAGGAGCGCGGACUAACAUAAUAUUUCGCAGAAAUUUCAUGUCAGCAAAACUAAGGACCCGAUCCAGUACUCUGACGUUCUUUCGGCACUCUCGUCGCGAACUUUGUAUCAGUCAAAUGGAUUGCUCUACUGGCGCCAGGUCGCACGAUCGGCGUUGAGAUCCUGAGCGUGGACAAUUGAUCUUUCGAAGGGAAUUCGGAGAAAAAGGAUCUGUCGUAGAGAGUGAAGCGCUGCCGUAAGAAAAGGAAGAAAGAAGCUUCUGAAGUGGUCCAGGCUCCCAGUAUCACGAAGAUUUUGGAUCCUCCAUAGAGACUGCUGAUCUCGUGGCUACCUUGGCUCGUGGACCCAGCACGCGAGCACUCUCGCGCUCUGCGCAUUGGAAAGAGGAGGAGGACUCGGUCCAGAAGGGCUGCCAGAGAAAUAAGAUGAACGCGAGUGCACCAGGAGAAGAGGAGAGGAAUAAAUUAGGGAGGCCGAGAGUGGCGGCUGCAGCUGCCCUACCAAAAACUCAUUGGACCUGCCCGGACCUUGGCCCUUGCAUGGAUGGAUGCUGGACCUCCUUUCGUUUCUUUAUUAUAUUUAUAUUUCUUCCUUCGUUUACCAGACGUACCUACUCUCUACGUGCGCGCACAUAGCUACAUAACCUUACCUGUGUACCCUACACGUUCAAGGAUUCUAAUGAUCCAGUAAAGUGAGGCUCGCGCCGUGAAUUCCAAUGUAUUUCGCCAUAGGAUCCAGGGGCACUUUACGUGAAAGAGAGAAGAUCGUUAGUGGCAUUGCAAUGUUGCGUGCGUCCGCUAACCGAGCCCACGACGACGCCGUGCGUCGUUCUUUCGCGACACUCUCCGGCCCCUUUUACGGCGCACCUUCAAACCUGUUCGAAACAACGACCAUUUUCAUGCGGAUGCAACAACAAGACGCGCGCAUACACACCGAUUAUCCUCAAAGUAGCCGAUAGUGCCUCGUGAGAGGGAGCAAGAGGGAGCAAGAGGGAGCAAGAGGAGAGAGUGAGAGUGAGCGAGAAAGGGAAAGAUGAAGGAAGAGAAAGAAUGUUGAUAGGUACAGGGAGUACGGAGGAAAAGCCAAAGGAGCUGUCCCCGAGGACGUUGACACUUUUGCGAGCUCGCUUAUUCAUGCAACCACGUCGGUACCCGAGAUUCAACCUCAAACCACGGCGCUUGCGUUUUACGUCAGCGCAACGUCAUCCAAAGAGCCUCGUCUUAUCAUCGUCCUCUUGCUAUUCAAUCGCGACCCAUUUCGCUCCCCCGGUACCGUAUCACCGAUAGCCGAAGGACUAGAGCAAGAUCAGCCUUGGGCUGUUCUGGGCGACGACGGUGCAAGGGAUAGUACGAAUCGUAGGCAUCUUGAGGAUCCUACAGGAAGCAUAACUCUUGCGAUGAACCUGCGUCUAUGAGGCAUGGGUGCGGGGUGGGGAGGGAGUCAAUGUAAACACGUGAAACGAGAGGGAGAGAGAGAGAGAGAGAGACAUGGAAAUUUGGAAUGUAAAUGGAAAUCGACGCGGUCUACCUAUAAUAUGCUAAGCGAACGGACGGAUAGCGGAUCGAUGGAUCGGAUCGAUAAGAGGACGGGCACGGAGCACCGAUGUAUGUAUUUGUGUUCGGGGCAUGCAUAAUCCUGCCUCCCAUUACGUCGAUCAGAGGAAUAAAGGAGAAUAAAAUACAUUUGGUUAGGUGUAGACGGACGGCCACGACGUACUCCUUCUCUACGUAUAUAAAGAGGAGGAGGAUCAGCGCGGCUUUCAGUUCGCCACCGAAAACCCUUAAGGAUCGAUCCUGAACUUGGAUUACAGUGUCACGCUUGAUCCGAUCUGUGUUGACACGUAUCCUUAACCUGUUUUACAUUAUUUUCUCUACAUCGACGCGUCUUUUCCGCGAUCGUUUAUCGUCAUUUCGUUCGACCCCUCUAUACCCGUUUCGUUCCUCCUGCCACUCCCCGCCCUCCCUUACGAUCCUCCGAUUUAUUCUCUCCUCACUGGACCAACUGCUCCUCUCACAGAUAUUUCGAGUCGACACUCGCCGCGGUACGACGUGACGAGGACGACGCUGUAAGAUGACCGGAUGGUGGACGGUAGCCGCCACUGGGCUCUUGGCCAUUGUAAUUUACUUCGCGUUCUUCUGGAGGAUCAACUGGGUCAGAGACCUGAGGGGACGCGCGGGCUCGAAUAAGUUGGGAGCUUACGUUGUACCCAAAAAUCGUAAGAUCGGCAAACUGCCUCCGGUUUACCCGAACGGCUGGUUCGGCCUGAUGGAAAGUUCUCAGCUGAAACGUGGACAAGUCAGGCAUGUAGCUGCUCUGGGAGAGAAUUUCGCCGUCUUCAGGAGCGAGAAAGGAGUCGUUAGUAUCCUGGACGCGUAUUGUCCCCACCUGGGGGCCAACAUGGGGGAAGGUGGUAAGGUCCGAGGUGAUUGUCUCGAGUGUCCUUUUCAUGGUUGGCUGUUCCGUGGAGAAGAUGGUCGAUGUCAGAGUAUACCCUAUGCCGAAAAAGUACCGGAGAUAGCAAAAACAAGAGCCUGGGACAGUUGCGAGGUGAACCAAUUGAUCUUCGUCUGGUAUCAUGCAGAAUCAGCGGAACCAGAAUGGCGACCGGAGCCUCUCGAGGAAAUUUCAAAUGGUAAUUGGCGCUACCAGGGUCGCAACGAGUUUCUGGUAAAUAGCCAUAUACAGGAAAUACCGGAAAACGGUGCGGACUGGGCUCAUCUCAGUGCUGUACACGGACCCGCAAUGUUUUUCAGUGAAACUUUGCCAUGGCUAGCCAGGCAUUCCUGGACAGCUGCAGCCUGGGCACCGAGAGAAACCUCUGCACCGGAAACAGCCGUGAAAACAACCCAAUCAAAUGAGACCUCGACCCUGAGCCAAAAUGGUACCGGAAACGAGCCUAAGAAAUACAUCGAGAAAAACGACAAGCACAGAGCAACGAUGCGUCUUCGUCAUAGUUUAGUUCUCCUGGAGAAAAUUUCCAUCAUUCAGCUGAACGUCAAGGCGGAACAAAUCGGCCCAGGCUACGUUGAACUGUUAGUAGACACCGCCCUUGGUCCCAUGUGCAUCCUGCAAACCGUCACCCCUGUGGAGCCGCUGCUACAGCGCGUGACGCACCUGAUGUUUGCACCAGUCCUCUUGGCACCCUACGCCAGUCUCGUUUUCCUCGGAGAGAGUAUCAUGUUCGAGAGGGACGUGGCAGUUUGGAAUCACAAGAAAUUCGAGAGACGACCACUCCUCGUCAGAGAGGACCGCACCAUCCUGGCAUACAGACGCUGGUAUUCACAAUUCUACUCGCCGCGCAGUCCUACCUAUCACUCGGCUACGCGUAGUCUUCGGUGGUGAUGCUGAAGUGUAUCUCAUUCUUUCUUCAUUAAAAUAGAUAAACUCAGUACGUGCUAUAUAUUUGUAAAUACAGGGUGACGCUAUUUACGUAUUUAUACUUAGGUAUAGUUCGAGUUGUCGCUGUAACGUAGAAGCCUCAGUGUAAGGCUUACGCCGUAAGGGGCUGCUACGUCAUCUUCGUAUUGUAAAUAUCUUUACUAGAUACAUUAUAUAGCCUUAUAAAUGUAAAAGAAAAUAAUUUUUGUUUCUAAAGUGA